UCAGUUGGCAUUUCAAAUACAGGACUGGCUAGUUCUGGUGGCCUCAGUAAUGGGCCUGUUGGCAUUGGCGUUAAUUCCACUGGCAGUAGUAGUAAUGCCAUUGGCAGCGGAGGCACUGCUGCUAACGCAGUUGCCGGUAUGAUGCUCAGUGGAGGGCUUGGCAUGGGCCCAGGGACCCAUGGUGUUAUCGCUUCAGGUCUCUCUUCAGCUGGGACUAGUAGUGGCAGUAGUGGCGGUGGAAUUGGCUUCUCUGGUAUUGGGAUGCCUCUUUCCAGUUCGACCGGAUCGCAACUAACUUCCGGUAUAUCUGGUGGUGCUAGUUGCGCCAAUACUGUAUCUGCUGUAGGAGCUGGUUCCUCUUGUGCAGGCGGGGCAGCUAUAGCUACUGUUGGCAAUAGUGGGUAUAGUGGGGGGGCUGCUGGAUUUCUGAUGGGUGGAAUGGCGUCAACACUCGUGGUCAACCUGCUCCAACAGCAAGUUGCUCUUUGCACUAGAGCAGUCCAUUCAGUCUUCCGGGAAUCAGCCUUUGGGGAACUCGACAAAGUUUCAUGGACUGUGCUGGGCCUAUUACCAUGUAUAGCAUUGCCUGUACAGGGAAACUCUUCUGUCCACGAUGAUAGAAACCAUUUCAAAGUCGAUGUCAAACUUAAAACCAACAGACCGACAUGA